AUGACGUCCCUCCGACGGCAGAGAGGCCUACGUUCUCCCACACAGCUGCGAGGGGGCCCGCCACAGGAUCCGUCUUGUCAGCUCUUGACGAAGAAGCCAGAAAGUAUGAGGCGCGAGAAGAAGUCUUUCUGA